AAGAAUACACCGUGUACUGAUCUCAUUACACGCUGAGCAUUUAAGAUUUUUACGACAUUUUAAAGCUGUAAUACGCCUUUAAGAGGCUACAUGAGGGAUGCUUUAACCCCAACGGUCGUUUUAACACGUUUAAGGCUAAUAUACCUAAUUAAUAUGGAUGGAUACAGUGGUGGUCCCUAAAGCCCUUAAGAUAUUAAACUUAUGUGUUUUUUGGUAUAAUAGGGAUCACAUAGUGCACUGUUUACCAAAAUAUUACCCACAGAUUUCAGUUUAUUUGAGUUUUAGUGCUAUAAAUCAGUCUAACUUCAAGAGUAGGACCCAUAAAUAUAUUACUUUUUACUUAUUUAAACAUAAGCUAGAUUUUUUUAAAUGUAUUCUAUCAGUUCUAAUUUGGCAAAAUACAAACUUUGUAUGCAGUUAGUGGAGAUUUUAAGUCCAAGGUUGCGUUUUACAAAGUUUUAUUGAUAUUUUAUUGGCUUUUACUGACAGAAUAAAUAAAUAUAAGGCAGUUUUCUCCGCUCAGCACUAGUGUCAUACUUUAGUUUGUUUAUGGGCUAAUUAACAGGUGUUUUAAAUACUAAAAACUCCAAUUUGAAAGAUUGUGUGGAGGGUUUUUCACAGAGAUAUUCUCCAGAAAUGUCUGUUUAUCUGGAUAGAAUCAGUGCCAGCUUGCAGAGUGUUAAGUUGUUAAGAUGCGUGCCUGUAGUCUGCGUUGAGGGUGAAGCUGCCGUCAUGCCGUGUACAUGUGCAGAGUGGAGGAGGUGGAUCCGCCCGCUGGUUCUGGUGCUUUAUGCCCUCCUGCUGGUUGCUGUUCUGCCGCUCUGCAUCUGGGAGCUGCAGAAGGACAAAGUCGGCACUCACAGUAAAGCCUGGUUCAUCGCUGGCGUCUUUGUGUUUCUGACCAUCCCGAUCUCGCUGUGGGGGAUCCUGCAGCACAUGGUGCACUACACACAGCCUGAGCUGCAGAAGCCCAUCAUCAGGAUACUGUGGAUGGUGCCGAUCUACAGUUUGGACAGUUGGCUGGCCCUGCGAUAUCCCAACCUGGCCAUCUACGUGGACACGUGCAGGGAGUGCUACGAGGCCUACGUCAUUUACAACUUCCUGGUUUUCCUGCUGAACUUCCUGAGUAACCAGUACCCCAGCCUGGUGUUAAUGCUGGAGGUCCAGCAGCAGCAGCCACAUCUGCCCCCGCUGUGCUGCUGCCCACCAUGGCCCAUGGGAGAGGUGCUGCUGUUCAGGUGUAAGCUGGGAGUCCUGCAGUACACUGUGGUCAGACCAGUUACCACAGUGAUAGCGCUCAUCUGUCAGCUCUGUGGGGUUUAUGAUGAAGCAAACUUCAGCUUCAGAAACGCCUGGUCCUACCUGGUCAUAAUCAACAACAUAUCACAGCUGUUUGCCAUGUAUUGUCUGGUGUUGCUCUAUCGAGCUCUCAGGGAGGAGCUGAUGCCCAUCAGGCCUGUGGGGAAGUUCCUCUGUGUCAAACUGGUCGUGUUCGUCUCCUUCUGGCAGGCGGUUUUAAUAGCACUGCUGGUGAAGGUUGGUGUGAUCUCUGACAAACACACCUGGGACUGGGACAGCGUGGAGGCCGUGGCUACUGGUCUGCAGGACUUCAUCAUCUGCAUCGAGAUGUUUCUGGCUGCCAUCGCUCACCACUAUACCUUCACCUACAAGCCCUAUGUACAGGUAACCUUAUCUAUCUAUCUAUCUAUCUGCCGGACGUUCCUGGGUCGUCCCAACAAGAUGUAUUUCGGUGCUGCGGCUCGACCCGAGCACACUGAGCACACCGGCCUCCUCGCAGCCACCUCGCAGGACCCCAUCGCCGUGGCAGCCACGUCGAUGCCCACCUCCCCUUCGUCAAGUGGGCGCUAUCAGGGGCUCGGCCACACCACGGCACCCCACUCUAUCUCCGCUCCUGCUGGGUUCACGUCCUCGUCUUGGGAUGAAGACAGCGAAGGUUCUCCUCCACAGGCGGGUGGAGCCCAAUAA